CGCGGCGGGCAGGGUUUAAUCUACAGGCGACUCCUCUUGUCCUUCAGAUAUUGGUGUGGAGCUGGCAGCUGUGUGGAGCUUACCUGGGUCCCCUCUGCCAUGAGUGAGGCACACGGGAAGUCACAGCCCAAUGGAGACAUGAGGAAACCAUCCAUCCCUGUCAAUCUCAAUGAAUCCUUUGGGGAAGAAAUAAAUGCAUUUUUAAUUGAUGAAAAGGAGCUUCAUUCCUAUGAUGACCUUACCAAAGUAAACCCCGUGACCACUAAAACAGUAUUGAAAUGUCUUCAAGCAAGAUAUGCAGCUGAGCUGUUCUAUACCAAUGCCGGGUGUACAGUUAUUGCAGUUAAUCCUUUUCAGCCAGUAAAUAAAUUGUACAGUAAUGAAGUUAUGAAGCAGUAUCACAGUGCACCUCAGUCUCAGAACUGUAAGCCACACAUCUUCACAGUUGCCGAACAAGGUUACAGAAAUGUACAGUGCCAGCUUCACCCAGUAAACCAAUCUAUAAUUGUCAGUGGGGAAAGUGGGGCUGGAAAGACAUGGACCUCACGUUGCCUAAUGAAGUUUUAUGCUACAGUGGCUGCUAGUAAUUCACAGUGGUCCAGUCAGACAGUGGAGAGAAUAGAAAGCAGAGUUCUUGAUUCUAAUCCACUUAUGGAAGCAUUUGGUAAUGCCUGCACUUUAAGAAACAACAACAGUAGCCGAUUUGGAAAAUACAUUCAACUACAGUUAAGCAGAACUCAGCAAAUCAGUGGUGCUUCUAUCCAGACUUACCUUCUUGAGAAGACACGUGUAGCUCAUCAGACUCCCUCAGAAAGAAACUUCCAUAUAUUUUAUCAGAUUUUUAAAGGCGCUUCUGCAAAUGAAAGAGAUGAAUGGGAUCUCCCAGAAAAUGCACAGUUCUCUUGGCUCCCAAAUUCUGAUAAGAACCUUGAGGAGGAUUGCUUUAAAAUCACUAAAGAUGCAAUGACACAUUUGGGUAUUGAUCCAUCAAAGCAGAGUAACAUAUUUAAGAUUUUAUCAGGUCUUUUGCAUCUGGGGAAUGUCAGUUUUUGUGAUUCUCUGGAUGAAAGCCAGGCAUGUGAAGUUUUAAGCAAUGCAAAAGUGUUCCUUUACUCCACUUCAAAUCUGCUGAAGAUUCCUGCUGAGCACCUGCUGGACAGGCUCUGCUACCGUACUAUAAUAGCGGGAAAACAGCAAGCAUUAAAGAAACCCUGCAAGAAAGCUGAGUGUGACUCACGAAGGGAUUGUUUAGCCAAAUCUAUAUAUGCCAAGUUAUUUGACUGGCUGGUUACCGUAAUAAAUGCAAGCAUUUGUGAUGAGUCAACUAACUGGAGCAAUUUUAUUGGUUUAUUGGAUGUUUAUGGAUUUGAAUCUUUCCAACAAAACAACUUGGAGCAGUUGUGUAUAAACUAUGCCAAUGAGAAACUUCAGCAGCAUUUUGUGACCCAUUAUCUAAAGAUUCAACAGGAUGAAUAUGCAGCAGAGGGGCUGAAAUGGUCAUUUAUAAGUUAUCAAGACAACCAGGGCUGUGUAGAUCUUAUAGAAGGAAGUCCAGUUAGUAUAUUCUCUUUACUUAAUGAGGAAUGCCGUUUGAAUCGAUCUUCAGACGCCAGCCAGCUGCAGUCUCGGUUAGAAAAAUCCCUUUCCCUCAGCAAGUGUUUUGGAAGGGAUAAAUUUAGUGGAAAGCCUAACUUUAUUGUAUCUCACUAUGCUGGGAAAGUGACUUACGAGAUUGAAGAUAUGGUGGAAAAAAACAAGGAUCCUGUUCCCCCAGAACUUAUCCAGCUUCUGCAAGAGUCCACAGACAGCCUGCUUCAAAAGCUUUUCCCAUUAGAAAACAAUAAACCACCUGAUGUUGCCACAUACAGUAGGACGUUGCCUACAACAGUUGUCUCUAAAUUUAAGGGAUCGCUGGAAAGCUUGAUGCACAUUUUGCACAAUACAACCCCUCACUAUAUUCGAUGUAUUAAGCCAAACACGGGCUGCAAAGCAAUGGAUUUUCAAAUGGAAGAGGUUCUUAGUCAGCUAGAAGCGUGUGGCAUUGUGGAAACUAUUAACAUAAGUGCAGCAGGCUUUCCUAUCAGGAUUUCUUUCCAAAGUUUUGUGGAGCGCUAUGGUUUGGUUACACCCAGUCAACACAGGACAGAAAUGCGGAACCACGUUAAUGGCCUUUCACCUGCUAAGAAAAGACGAGGUCCCGAUUUAGAGGAGGGGAGCAACGAAUUGCAAAUUAAUUCACAAAAGAUCCUGGAAGCUGCCUUGCCAAAAUUAUAUGUAGACACUACAUCAGCCAACACACUAGCCCACUGUGGUACCACAAAAGUGUUCCUGACACAUACAGUGAUCGACAUACUUGAAAAGCAAAGGGAGCUAGCUUUCUCCCAGAGAGCAUUCUGUAUUCAGUGCUGCUGGAGAAGAUACAGACAGAGGAAGCUGGCCAGGCAAAGGCAGGCGGCUACAGCUAUUCAAGCAGUUGCCAGGGGGUGGCUUACAAGGAAGCAUAUUGAAAGAAUGCAAAGGGCUUCAGCUGUCAUUAAGAGGGCAUGGAAGAAAUGGAAGGAAAAACUGGAAGCCUUAGCGGCGGUUGAGCUGGAUGAUAUUUCAGACAUGGAAAACUCAGCAUUAUUAUCGGGGUCUCCAGCUAAAGUUCUCAAUACCUCAAUAAAAAAUUCCAUGCAAGACAGUCCAUUGAUCACAAACAAAGUGUUUCAAUCCUGGAAUCUUGGUUUUGUGUUGUCUCUUGCUCCACCAAUCAGGAAGACAAUGAUAGCUGAUGGGUUUCACAAGCAUCGGAAUCUCCUGGCAUGCUUAAAUGUGCUUAACAAAUGUAAGGGUUACAAGGUAGAAUUAAAUCAAUCAGAACACGGCAUAGCAUCCAUUCAAGCAUUACCUCAGAGACCCAUCAAGUUCCAUUGCAAGAGGUCGCCACUACAUUUUGCCAAUGUAUGUCCUGAGGCAAUUGACUGCGGUCUAACAGGAUUGAAUGUGAUCUUGCUGGAAAAAUUUGACGGAUAAAAACUAUUUAAUAUAAGCACAAUUUUAAUGUUUUUUGUUUUUGUUAAAUGCUUUUUUUUUUUUCCUUGUCAUGUUUGUUUUAAAGACUUCUGACACUAUUUUUACAUCAAAUUUAAAUAUUUUUUUUUGAUCAAUGUGCAAUAAUUAUUAUUGGAUAAUGUAUAGUCAACAGUCCUGUAAGUAUUAUUUGUCUUUACCCAAUUGUGUAUAUGUGGGUGUUUUGCACUGAUCUAUCUGUGUUACUUCUGAAAUGAGCUGGUCCCAGUGGCACUAAAGCAGGAUUGGGUUUA